UAAAGUCGGUAAAUUGAAACAGCUGUUCAUUGUAAACAACGUGUUAUGAAACAAAAUCCUCAAAACCCCGUUAGUUUUGCAUGGGAAGUUUACGAUUUAAAUUACACAACUCAACAUAAAACUUUGAAACUAAACAACCAUGUUCCGGCGGAUAGUGAAGUUCGCGACGCCCGGGGUAGCCAUCGUCUCGGCAGGAUUGUUCCCCUUCGCGCCCAACGAGCACGACCAGGUGGACCACGAAUCGAUGCAGAAAAUGUACGCCGAUGCUCCGGGAGAUCGGCAAACCGGCAAGGAGCGACUGUACCUCAUGUUCAGCGUUGAUGAAUUUGGUCGCGUGUCCAACGAGAUUAACUCAAUUUAUCAGGCCGGAUUUCUUGGGUUUUUGGUGGGAGCAUGUUACGGCGGUUUCAUCAGCUCUCGGGUGGCAUACAUGAACUUUAUGGAGCGCAAUCAGGCCACGGCGUUCAAGAGUAGCUUUGAGGCGAAGCGAAAAUUGCAAGACCAAGUAACAUUAACGUUUGCCAAAGGUGCCUUCAAGUGGGGCUGGCGGUUGGCACUGUUCACCACGAGUUACAUUGGUAUCCAAACCGUCAUCUCGGUGUACCGCGGCAAGUCGUCCAUCUACGAGUACCUGGUGGCGGGCGGGGUCACCGGGGCGAUGUACAAGUUCAACAUGGGCCUGCGUGGCAUGACGAGCGGUGGCCUGGUGGGGCUAUCCUUUGGCGGCAUCGCCGGACUGCUCUCGCUGGCCAUACUGCGCGCCACCGGUACGACCAUGGAGGAGGUGCGCUUUUGGCAGUACAAGUGGCAGGACAACCGGGACCAGGCGAUUCGGGACUCGAUUGCGAAGCAGAGCGCGGGCGAGGCGGACCCGCUGCUGGAGGGACACCACGAGAAGUUUGGCACGGCCAACUUGGACCUGGACAAGGUGAGUGCGGGAAGUGAGGAGACGACUAAGGAGGUGGAGGUGAAGGUGGCGGCGGUUGUAAGUAAACCGGAAGAACCGGCGAAAAACUAGACAGUAGGUUGAAAAGUUUAAAAGAA